AUGUACACUACGCAGCCUCCAGUAAAGAUGAAAAUCGUCUCUACAGAUUACAAGCAUUUCCACUGCAGUGGUGCUAUAGGCGGAACAGUGUGUCUUCCUUUACCGUUCUUUACCGCUACCGUGUUAUUGGUACUAGCACUAGCUGAAAGGGAAAUCCUCAGCACUUACAACAAACUCGUUCGACCGGUUGUAAAUCCCACGGACAGUUUGAGAGUCGAGAUGAAGGUUUUUCUGCAGCAAAUCAUGGGUUUGGAUGGUAAAAAUCAAAUCAUCGAAUUGAAGCGCCAUGCUCUAAAGUUUAUAAUUUUUCUGGAAAACCUUUUAUACGUUUCUGUGCCAGGAAUUGACGUGUGCUUCAAGAUUUGGAUCGAUUACCGACUUGCUUGGAAUGUGUCCAGAUAUGGCGGUGUAACAAGCAUUCGUUUCGCUGGAGGAGAAAAUCAGAUUUGGCGUCCAGAUGUACUGCUCUAUAACAGUGCAAAUGAAGACUUUGAUUCCACUUACAAGUCAAAUGAGGUUGUAUACAGCACUGGAGAAGUGAACUGGGUACCACCAGGAAUAUUUCGUGCGAGCUGCAAAAUGGACAUAACCUACUUCCCAUUUGAUGAUCAACUUUGCCACUUGAAGUUUGGUUCUUGGACAUAUAACGGCAACGCUUUGGAUCUUCAAAUAAGCACAGAAAAUGGUGAAGAGCCAGCCAUGGAUUUGUCUACGUAUACGCCAAGUGGAGAAUGGAAUCUCAUCAAAGUGCCAGCAGUUCGGGAGGUUUUCUAUUCACAAUGCUGUCCAGAGCCGUACUCAACCGUAACGUUCUAUAUGCUUCUGAGACGACGAUCGAUCUUCUAUCUAUUCAACAUUGUGUUCCCGUCACUUCUUAUUUCUCUAAUGACACUAGUUGGAUUUUGCCUUCCAGCUCAUGACAUGAGCGAAAAAAUUGGAUAUCAGACUACUAUACUUCUGUCGAUAUGCUUCUUCGUAACGAUUGUCAGUGAAAUGACUCCACCCACGUCUGAAUCAGUUCCCUUAUUGGGUAUCUUUUUUUCGUUGACAUAA